AUGAAUCUCAACCCCUUGGCUACAUAUGUCAAGGAGCGGCAGGGCAAGCGGGUGAUCCGCAAGAUCUUGAUUUCCAACAAUGGAAUGGCGGCUGUCAAAGCCAUCCUCUCCAUGAGAAGGUGGACCUUCAUCGAGUUUGGAUCAGAGCAGAUCAUCACUUUUGUGGCCAUGGCAACACAGGACGACUUGAACGCAAAUGCCGAGUUCAUUCGGCUGGCUGAUGCCUUCGUUGAGGUGCCGUCUGGCAAGAACGUGAACAACUAUGCCAAUGUUGACCUGAUUUGCAAGAUCGCGCAGGAGCAGCAAGUGGACGCGGUGCUCCUGUCCUGGCAAAUCCCUCCCCGCCGAGGGCCCCGUAAUGCCUUCACCGGCACCACAGCGCCCGCGUUGGCGAGAAGCGCCUCUCCCGGCAGUCCCAAAGGAUUGGAGGUGGUGGAAGCCUUGCUGAAGAACUUUCAAAUGAUGGUUUUGGGGCAAACCGUGGUCCUGCAGGAGGGCCAAGACGCACGGCUGAUGGAUGCCUGCCGCGUCCAGCGCAUCUCAAGACAGUCGCUCCCAGAACAGCAAGCAACGAGGGCGCUGCUUGUGGAGAAGGUGGAGCAAGCCUGCGCUGGGUGGGGCUGUCGGCUGACGGACAAGGGCCUCCAGCUGUUGAACCAGGGCUUGGCGCGGCUCUGGCCCCGAGUAGAUGAAGAUCGAGUGCUGGAGGAUGCAGAGGCUCGCAUCGCACAGCUGCGACACUUCCAUCGCGAGGCGGCGAUGAGCUCUUCAAGUUUCACGGAGCUCUGCGCCAGAUUCCCGGAGGUCUUUCUCGACUACUCCGUGAAGGCCUUGUGGGAAGAUGAUGGUCUCCUUGCCGUCCACAAGCCCUGGGGUAUGCGAGCAUACCUGGCGCGGAGGGAGGGCGAGCAGUAUCGGGCGUGGCCUGAGGAGCUCACGGCCCACGAUCUGCUGCGGCAAAUCUGCGAGGGCAGCCGGCCACGGAUGUGCAACCGUCUCGACUUUGCUACCAGUGGCCUCAUGUUGGUCGGGAAAAGCCGCGAGGCUGCCGGGAAGGCAUCUCGUCUUUUCCAGCAACGCCGGGUCUUGAAGACCUACCUCGCGCUGGUACUUGGCCAUCCUCCAGCAAGCUGGGAGAAAGGUGUUGUGCUGAACUACCGCAUUAUGGACACUUCUGGCUUUGGGAGAAAGGCUGUGGAUCCGAUGAUGGAGAACACCGCUGGCCGCACGACGGAGAAUGCGGAGACAUCUGUUCGGGUGCUGAAACGGGGCCUGUGGCCCCCGAAGCCCUGGCAAGCGAGCUUCGGCGGCUGUGGCGAAGGGAGCCCGCAGGAAGUGACGCGAGAGCCGCUGCCUGCCUCCUUGGUCGAGGUUAGCCCCAAGACGGGCCGCCGGCAUCAGAUUCGUGUGCACUUGGCCGCCGCCGGCCACCCUGUAUUGGGUGACGACUCCUAUGCCGGGCAGCCAUGGGGCCUACGAGGUGGGUGCCACCGCAUGUUUCUCCACUCUUGGAAGCUGGAACUACCCUGGAAGGACUCGGUGCUUUCAGUGGAGGAUCCCUGUGAUUGGUGUGAUGGCCAGCUCGUUUAG